AUGACAUCUAUAGACAGUAAUGCUUUUAAAAAUUACUCUAAAAUCUCUCAUAUUGCAGAAUACUUUUCUCAAUUUUAUUCUAAAAAUACUGGAAAUAGAAUUCACCAAGAGCUAGGAUUGCUCCAUUAUGGCAAUAAAAACUAUCACGAAGCAAUAGAACAUUUUAUGAAAUCGAUUAAUUAUCAUAAAGAGCGCCUCCGAAAACACUUAUGGUAUAUUAAGGCAUUGAUCUUAGCAAAAGCACAUAGUGCCCUAAAAAAUAUUAAAGAGAUUAUAAGAAUUCUAAAACUAGUUAAAUCUGAAUGUUCAGAAACUAAAGAUAAACUUCUUUACGACGCAACAAUUGGAGAGAUUUAUUAUUUUCUGAGUGAUUUUAAUAAAGCCUAUAAAAUAAUAUGAAAAUGCAUUAAAAUAUGUAAACAGAAAAAGUCUAUAAACUCGUACGAAUUAUCAAAUUUACGACUUUUAUUAGCAGAUAUUUAUGUCUGAAGAGGCGAUUUUAAAAAAGCACACGAAUCUCUUUGUGAAGCUAAAUCUUUCUACAGCAUUUUACCUAUAGCAGAUCCAAGUGAGCAAGAAAUGUAUAAAACAUUUGGAGUAUUCUAUUUAAAUAGGCAGUGCUAUGAUGAUGCUCUAAUAUACUUUGGAAAAAUAACAGAUAGAUGAUCUAAUCAUGAGCUGUUUGUUUUUGCUAAGUUUUCUAUGAGAAUAGUUUAUUUUUGAAUGCUGAAUAUUGACAAAGCAUGAGAAUUUUUAAUUGAUGCAAAACAAUUCAUGCCAAUCUAG